AUGCAUGGUACCUGGUCAUCCUUGCUAUUGGUACCAUGCCUGAUGCUUAUAUGCCUCUUGUUGAUUCUGUCUGGGAUGCGCCUGCAGUUUGGCUGCGCGAUACUGGAGUCGGCUUCGAGGAGGAGCACUCCUUCUGGCCCCCCUGGCGGUUCCCCAGUGGGCCAAGCGAAUGUGAAGACUUUGAAUAGAUUCUGCCCGCAGUGCGAGGGCCCCCUGUGCAAACGGAAGUUUUUGUUCAUCGUUGCAACGGGGCGCAGCGGCUCUACCUCCCUGAUGAACAUGGUAAGUCUCAUUGACGGCGUCUUCCUGUAUGGUGAGAACUACGGUGCUCUUCGUCACUUGGGUCAGAUGCAGGAGCGUUUCUUCAGCACCUUGGCUGCUCAGGGGCAUGAUGCGCCACUUCUGGCUGAGCGGCUGCUCCUGCACUCACAAGACUGGCUCUGGGACUUCCUCACACCACCCAGCUUCCUCAACGACUGGAAGCAAAGUGUUUCCAUUCGGGGGUUCAAGGAGAUCCGCUGGGACGCCACUGCCUUUCAGUUUGUGCGGAGAACAUGCCCCUGCAGCCGGUUCAUCUUCAACUACCGACUGGACAAGGAUGCCCAGAGCCAGUCUGCCUUCUACAAGACGAGGAACGCUUCACCGGAGUCUCUUUCCAUCUUCACGCAGCAGAUGAGGCAGUUACUCGAAGAGACGGAGUUGCCCUUCCUGGAGCUUCCGCUGGAGAAUUUCACCUUGAGUUCCUUCAACCGCUUGGCACACUGGCUUGGGGCUGAAUGUCGCUUCACCAACAUCACGCAUUCGAAUGCAAAUGGCACUUAUGCUGAGUCAGAGUCCUCGGCGCGAUGUGCUUAG